CAGUGACGUCACAUGACCUUGAUGAAAAUUGACAGGAUUUUACUGCAGCGAUGGCGUCCGGACUCUGAUAGAUAUUCGAAAGAACAAAGAGAUUUUUAUUAAUAUCAAGCUGACUGGUAAAUGUGACAUUAUUUUAUAUUCCACUCUCCUAUUCGCAGCAUCAAGUGGAGGAAAGCACUGGUUCUUUGAAAAGCCUGAACUGUCUCCAUAGCACCCAGCCAUGGACCUGGGUGGGAGCGGAAUGGAUCUGCAGGAGACGCAGUCGGUGGUCGGCCUGCACGUGGAUGCAGAUGACCUGACCAUGGACGAGCAACAGGCCGGAGUGGAGCUUGUGGCGGGAGGCCAGCAGCAAGACUGGUGCCAUGUCUCGCAGGCACCUGUGCAGGUGGUGAGGAUUCUGGGUGCCAAUGGUGAAGAGCUGCAGAUGCUCUCCACUGACUACCACAACAUGGAUGGCCACCCAGUCACCAUUGUCCCUGAUGACACAGGUCAGUACGGCUCCCUGGACGUCGAGCUGCAGGCGGCGCCGUCCGACGAGCACACGGACAUGGUGGAGCCGUCGCUCACCAUCCAGCUGGACAUCCCGUUCGUGACGGCCGACAACCAGCACGAUCCGGAGGUGCAGUUCUUCGCCGACAUCUACCGCUUCCUGGUGGCCGGAGUGGCUGUGGACACCUCUGAGGCCAGCAUGAAAAGCCUAAAGAAGAGGCUCAAAGAGUAUUCAGUGAUCGAUGGGGAGCUGUACUACGGCAGCCGAAACCCGCGGCUGGUCGUGCUGGACAAACAGCGGCAGAACGAGAUCAUCGCCGCCACGCACAUCGAUCCCUCUACUGGUGUGCACCUGGGGGUGAAGCGCAUGUACAGCGCCAUUCGACACUACUGGCGCGGCGUGUACAACGACCUGACGCAGUACGUGCGCAAGUGCGCCGCCUGCUACGAGGGUGAGCGGCUGUCGCGGCCGCCGGGCCUCGACAUCACCUCGCUGCCGGACCAGGCGGCCGCGGCCGAGCGGCUGCAGCGUACCGCCGCCGCCGCUGCCGCUGCGGCCCCCAAGGCGGAGCCGCCGACCCCCGCCGCGGCCCUGGAGCGGACCCGCGCGGAGGUCAUGGCCGACAGGGCCACUCGCGUGUGGAAAAAGGUGGAGGCGCGUAUCUACGGACCAUACGUCCGCUCAGAGUCGGGCUGUGAGUACCUUCUCGGCCUGGUGGACCCCGUCUCGCGCUGGAUCGAGGCGCUGCCCGUGCCGGCGGCCGACUGCUGCGCCCGGCUGGCCGACUUCAUCUUCCGCACCUUCUGCACGCGCGGCUUCGCCCAGUGCGCGCUGGUCGGGGUGACGGAGCGACAGUUCGAGGAGUUGCACGACAGGUAUAAGGGAAGGUUCGAACGGAUGCAGGAGAUCUUUCAGAAGCUGCAGCAGCCUGGCACGGAACAAAACUUUGUCUUCACGCUGCAGGAGGCAUCGGCAGAGUGCUCGUGGGCCACGGAUAUGAUGGACAAGUUUGUGGACGAGCACGGCAGCCAGUGGGACGUGGAGCUGGACGCGUUCCUGUUCGGGUAUCACGCCACGCCGCGCGCCGACUACGGCUUCUCGCCCUUCUACAUCAUGUACGCCCGACACUCCAACGGCGCCAUCUCUGAGGAGGACAAGGAGAACUGCACGAUCCUGGAGGAGGAGAAGGCGCUGGAGGCUCCGGUGCGCGUUCGACGACGACUCCAGAGCAGCACACUGCAGUGUCGCCACUGCAGCGAGAUCUUCACGUCCAAGAUCUCGUUCCGCAUCCACCAGCGGAAACACACUGAGGAGGCCAAGAAACGCGGCGUGCUCGACGGCGAGCUGCCGCUGCGGCCCGUCGCCAUCGAGAGAAAGCUCCUCAAGAGGGCCGUGAAGCGCAAACAGCGGCGCCCGAUGCGGCCGGGCGGCACCAAGAUCAGUCACCGGCAGCCGCGGCCCGGCUGGACGGCCGAGCCGCCGCCGGGGAACGAGGACGAUCAGGAGCGACAGCAGCUGACCUCCAACACCGUGCAUGCGGUCCGUGCGCUCAUAGAGGCGACGAGAGAGGAGCGCUCGCGGAGAGGAAAGUAUAUCAAGUACAGCGAGGAGCUGCGGGAUGAGAUCGCCGAGUAUGCGUUGAAGCACGGACAGCAGGAGGCGGCUCACUACUACUCACAGUGUCUUGGCGGACAGGUCAGCAUUAGCUCCAUCAGGAACUUCAUCAAGGCGUACCGCGUGUUCACGCCUGAGGUGAAGGAUGAAAUCGGCAGGUUCGCCAUAGAGUAUGGUCCAGAGGAAGCGACGGCCUACUUCAGCAACAAGCUCGGCAAGGACCUGAAAGUGGGCGUUGUGAAGAAGUACAUGAAGGCUAGUCGUGCUCGACUGCGGGACGGAGCGCCGUCUGCCGAGGAACCGGCGGAGAGCAAGCCGAAGCCGAAGCACACCUUCACCCCACAGCUGAAGGAGGAGAUCGGACGGUACUCGCUACAGCACGGCAUCGCCCAGGCGAUCCAGGUGUACACCGGGAAACUGCAGUUUGCCAUGAAGGAGAGCACGGUGCGCAAGUUCCGUAAGAUGGUAAUGGAGAGUGACGCCAAGCACGAAGAGGCUCUGAACGCGGCGGACGCGGAGACUGCCGGACAACAGCAGGCCGGGUACGCCGCCGCCGAGCCGGCCCCGCUCGAGAUGCAGCUGCAACAGCAGGUGAACGUCAUCAGCCAGCCGUGUAGCGUGGCCUCCGGCUACGUGUACAACACGUACACAAUCCCGGUCAGUCAGGCGGCGGCCGCCGGGCAGACGUUCGCCUACCCGCCGGCCGGAGGCAUCAUCGUCAAUCCGUACUCGCAGCCGCCGCCCAACUACCAGACCUUCUCGUGCGCGGGUCCUGCGCCGGCCGCCGCACCCUCCUACAUCAGCAGUCCCAUGCUGCCCGUCAUCCAGCAGGCGCCUCCCGCAUCCGUUCAGCAGCAGGCACUGCAGCAGCAGCCGCAGCAGGUGCAGGCGACCCCGUCACCGCAGCAGCAGCAGUACCUGCCGCAGAUGAUGGACCACUUGGAGAUGCGGGCGGACGGCACGUACACGCGCCAGGACCCCCUGGAGAUGGCCACCUCCGAGGCCAACAUCCCAGGAGCGUACGGCGUGCCGGCCGCCCCCGGACAGCAGGUUCAGCUACAGCAGCAGGAGCAGGAGCAUCACCAGCCGCAGGAGCAGCAUCAGGAGCAGCAGCCGCCGCUGUCCAGGUCGUUACCGGACCCAGAGUUGGUGGCGCCGCAUUCCGCUCUGCCGAGCCUGCCUCUGGUGCCCACCAAACUGGAGAUGGAGGAUGAGCUGUUCUCGGAGGAUGACCAGGACGCAGAGCCGGAGCCCCGCAAAAAGCAGAGAUCCCGGGCCGGACGCAAAAACCGCAGUCCAGGCUCGACCAGCGGAGAUCGCAAGCGAGGCAACUACACCUCGUACAGUCCCGAGAUACGAGCGGAGGUGGGCAAGUACGCCUUCGAGCACGGCAAUCACGCGGCCAUGGUGCACUUCCGCGAGCGGCUCGGCUGCGACCUUCCCGAGAGCACGAUCCGCGGCCUCAAGGAGAAGUACGUCGUGAAGCUGCGCCGCACUGGCGACACCCCGGAGCGCGUGACUGCUCUGGGGUUCGCGCAGCGCGGCCGGCCGAUCCGGCUGGGACGAUAUGACCGCGUGGUGCAGGACUGCAUCCGUGAGCUGGUUACCCAGGGUGAGAAGGUGUCUAGUUUCCUGUGCAUCGCCACCGCCAAACAGGUGUUGAUGCAGUACGAGCCCGACCUGCUCGAGGAGCACGGCGGACCCAUCAAACUGAACGCCACGUGGGCAAAGUCAUUUCUGAAGAGGCUAGGGCUCAACCAGCACAACUCGUGAGCCAUGUUGGGUGGUUCCUUUUGUGUUGGAGCUUUGAAACAUGCCAGGGAAGUAUGUGCCCUCAUUGCAUGCAUUGCUAUGUUCGUUGCCCCCAUAUUGGUUUUACCGCAUCAUUUAUUACGACUUACGAGGAGUUUCGAUUCAUUUUCGGUACGUUAUUUUACUGUGCAUGGUUGUGUGCAACUCGUUUUCUAUGUUGUUUUGCUCGAUGAUAUGCUGUGCUAGAUUCGUUAUUUUCAGUACAAAUGUUUUUCAGCGCUUCGCCAUGAACAGAACAGUGAUGCCAUGUUCAGCCGCCAUUGUUAGGUCCUUCCCUAACGCCGCAGUGUCGCUCGGUAUGACCUGACCUUUGUGCCGACCGAGGGCGAUAAGGGCUAGCCCCCGCGGCCAUACUCCCCACGUUUGUGAUCCUCGCCGCUGCCUUCGAGUGGCGCGGCCCGAGCUUGUGCGCAGUAUGGUUUUCCUGACCUGAGUGUGUAUGCUUGUGUGUCCACUGUGCCAGAUGACGUAUUUUCGUAUGAAUAAACCCAUGGUGUUCGCCACUGUGUGGCAACCCAUUCAA